UCCAGCAGGCGGCAGCAGUGGGUAGAAGUAACCCGGAUGUGUCUCAGAGAAUUACCAGCAUCGCAUCGUUUCUAUUCCUCUCAUUGAACAUGAAUCCUCUGACGAAGGUGAAGCUGAUCAACGAGCUGAACGACCGCGAAGCGAGUCUCGGGAUCAACGAGUCGGUGUCGUGGCACACCGAGUACAAGGACAGCGCCUGGGUGUUUGUGGGAGGAUUUCCAUACGAGCUGACAGAAGGAGACAUCAUAUGCGUCUUCUCUCAGUACGGAGAGAUCGUGAACAUUAAUCUGGUGCGGGACCAGAAGACCGGGAAGUCCAAAGGGUUCUGCUUCAUCUGCUUCGAGGACCAGCGCAGCACCAUCCUCGCUGUGGACAACUUCAACGGCAUCAAGAUCAAAGGCCGCACAAUCCGCGUGGACCACGUCAAAGACUACCGCCCCCCCAAAGACUCGGAGGACAUGGAUGACAUCACAAAGAGUCUGCGGGAGCAAGGCUGUGCCCCUAAAUUAGUGGAGGCUCCCCCCCCAUCCUCUUCUUCCUCCUCGGAGGAAGAGGAACAGUACCUCAUCCCUGUAAAGAAGACCAAAAAAGAAAAGAAAGAGAAGAAGAAGAAGAAGAAGAAAGAGAAGAAGAAGAAGAAGAAGGAGAGGCCCUCCCCCUCCUCUUCUUCUUCUACCCCUCCUCCCCCCGCCGUCAGAGUCAAAGAGGAGAGGGAGGACGCCGCCUACGACAAAUACAACCAGACCAACCAGAGGGUGAGGGAGGACGAGAGGAGAGGGGAGGCAGACCGGAGGAGGGAGGGGGAGAGAGAGGGGGAAAGAAGAAGAGAGGGAGACAGGGAGAGAGAGGACGAGAGGAUGAGGAACCGGGACAGGGAGGGAGAGAGAGGGGGAGACAGGAGGAGGGAGGGCGAGAGAGAACACGAAUUGAAGAGGGAGUUCAGUCGCGAGCGAGAAAAUGACAGAAGAAGAGAGACGGAGAGGGUGAGGGAGGGAGACAGGAGGAGGGAGGGGGACAGAGAGAGAGAGUGGGAGAGAAGAAGAGAGACGGACCGCAACAGAGAGAACGAGAGAAGAAGAGAGGACCGACGUAAACACUGAAGACGAGAUGGGGGAAAGUACGGAAGAGAAUCUGAAUAAUAAAUGAGAAUAGUACUGGUCGUUCUUUCCCCCGGGUUUAGGACUUCAGUACAGCUUUGAAAAAUAUCUUUCCUUUUGCAAAUAUUAGUUUUGUAAAUUUGUCUAAAAAUAGUAAAAGUGUGAACAUGUUUAGUUUUUUUCUCCAGGAUAUUUCUAUAAAUUCAGAGGAAAAAUGUCUAAUCUGUUUAAAUGCUUCUGACGGUGAAACUGUUCUUUUCAUUUUGGUCAAGAUUAUUUUUGUACAUUUAUCCUCCGUUAGAUUUGUUGUGCUGUUAUUAAAGCAUGAACACAGGGAGAGAAUAAUUGUGUUUUCAUUUGACUCUCUAGGCUCCCGUACCCCUAGGGUUUCUUCAUGUUGUUCCCAGCUGAAGCUCUAACGUCGCCCGCUAGAGGGCGCAGUGUUCAUCACACACAGUUCCAUUCAGUUAUCUCACUGUGUGUAACACAUAGACUGUAUAUACAGUCUAUGGUGUAACAUGACUGAUUCCAUGCAGUUAUACAUUAAUAUCCUCUCUUCAGUCUCAAUGUUGAAGUUAAAUGUUGUUUUCUCUCAGUUUUUGUAAUAAAAGAAAAAGUGUCUUCACCUGUUUUAA